UCACUUUCGUUCUUGUUCGAGUAUAUUGGAGAAAUGGGCAAAGACUACAUUUAUGCCGUAACACCUUUGUUGGAAGAUGCGUUGAUGGACCGGGAUCUAGUUCACAGGCAAACUGCGUGUACUACUGUAAAACAUAUGUCUCUUGGUGUUUUUGGUCUUGGGUGUGAAGAUGCCUUACUUCAUCUACUGAACUACGUUUGGCCAAACAUUUUCGAAACAUCUCCUCAUGUCAUAAAUGCCGUCAUGGAGGCAAUUGAGGGAUUGAGAGUCGCAAUCGGUCCUACUACAAUUUUGCAAUAUGUCCUACAGGGUUUAUUCCAUCCUGCUCGUAAAGUUCGUGAAAUCUAUUGGAAAAUAUAUAAUAAUUUAUAUAUCGGCGCACAAGACGCUUUGAUUCCAUACUAUCCACGUAUAGAGGAUGAUGAAAGGAACAAUUAUGAGCGUUAUGAAUUAUCGAUGUGGCUCUAA